AUGCCUACCCGUGCAGCCGCCCGUGAGCCGCCCGCUAGCCGCCCACGAGCCACACCAGCCGCCCGAGCAGCCGCCUGUGCGCCGCCCCAGCCGCCAGUUCCACCGCCCGAGCCGCCCGAGUCGCGCACGCCGCCCGAGCCGCCUGAGCUGCCCGAGCCGCCCGAGCAGCCCGAGCCGCCUGAGCCGCCCGAGCCGCCGGAGGAGCCGCACUCCUGCUCCUGUGGGGCUACUGCUGCUCCUGGGCUGUGUUACUGUGCCGCUGACCUACCCGACUCUUCCAGCCCGGUGAGACUGUCAGCUGCUGUCAUGGCCACCCCCAAUGUCCUGACUUUUGACGCUGAGGGUAGGGCCAUUGACUUUGCAGUCUGGAUUGAAGACCUGCAGCUGUACUUACUGUGUGAUGCGAUAGAUGAGGUCUCUCUCUUUGACUUUGUCUCUGGCGCUUUCCCUGCCCCUCCUGCUGAUGCUGACUCUGCCGUUCGCUCCAAGUGGGCGACCCGCGAUGCUGCUGCACGUCUUGCUGUGCGUCGCCACCUCCCUUCCUCCGAGCGUGCCCACUUUAGUCAGUGCAAGACCGCUCAGGCCUUGUACGACGCUGUAGUUGCACGCUACUCCUCCCCUUCCUCCGCUACGCUGAGCCGCCUCAUGCUACCGUUUCUCUUCCCUGACCUCGCUGCCUUUCCCAUUGUUGCUGACCUCGUUACCCACCUCCGCGCUAGUGACACUCGCUACCGCGCUGCGCUUCCUGCUGAGUUCCGCGCCGCAAACCCUCCUCCCAUGUACAUCACUCUCUACUUUCUCGUCACCCGUCUCCCUGAGUCCCUUCGUGUCGUUAGGGACCAGGGUGUUCUCCUUCCCCCCUGCUGCCCUCUGUCGCCUCUGCCGCUGCGGCCGACCUCGCUGGUUUUGAGUCGGUCGGUGCGGCGUCUGCCCCCAGCGGUAGACGCCGCUCUAGCAAGGGCAAGGGGGGCAAGGGAGCGGGUGGAGCUAGAGGGGGCAGUGGCGGAGGGGGUGGGGGUGGCGGGGGGAGUGGGGGUGGCGGUGGAGGUGGUGGCGGGAGUGGAGGUACUGGUGGCGGCGGUGGAGGCGGAGGUGGCGGCGGAGGCGGUAGCGGAGGAGGCGGUGGGGGCGGCGGGGGCGAGGGUGCCGGUGGGGGCGGUGGCGGUGGAGACGGGGGUAGCGGUGGAGGCGGGGGUGGCGGGGGCGGCGGGGGUCGGAGUGGCUCGUCCCAGCGGAGCAGCUCUGGGGGUGGUCAGCGCCAGCAGCAGCAGCAGCAGCAGCAGCAGCAGCCACAGCAGCAGCAGCGCUCUCGCGCCGUCCCCGCCCCUCAGCAGCUUCGUGUGUCCCAGGUAG